AUGUGUGGCCCAUUCAAGGGCUGUCAGGGCAUUCUGCGCCUCCUGGAAAUCAUCUUCAGUGCCUUAACCUUCAUCAUCGUCAUCUCCAGAGGAAGGAUGGUGAGUCCGUGGGGUGUCUGGUGUGAAUUUGUCUGGGUUUUCUGCAUCGCUGUGCCCCUGGUCCUAAGCGUGGUGGAAUCUAAAAUGUGGCACAUCCUCCUGGCUGUCUUCCUCCCAAACUGGGCCGACCUGACGUGCGGGCUGACCGCUCUGUGUACUCUGAUGAUCACCUCCGCCACGGUCAUCUUCGCAGCUGUUUUUGUUUGCCUCACCUGCGUCGUCAACAUCCUGUGUUUCAUCUCCUCUCUUAUCGCCACUGUUUUCUUCCUGAUUGACGGUGCAAUGCAAAAAAAGUUGUUGCCGAGCGGCUACCUGUCCAGCCUGAGAGGAAGUCUCCGCACCACAGAGGCCUUUAUAGCGUGCAUCAUCCUCACUGCCGCCACUGACCACUUUGUGAAUGGUGAAUGGUCUUUUCGCCCACCUGGGAUGAUAAUCAGCAUCGUCGUGUUUGCUGUUUGCCUCCUCGUCACUGUGGUCAUCAUAGUCCUUCAUCUGCUCAAGCUGCUGCAGUGUCUGCUCGCAUUCAGGCUGAGUUUGGUGGAGCUUGUGUUUAACGUUGUGGCAGUGCUGUUGUACCUGCUAGCUGUCAUUCUUUGGUCAGUCUUUGGUUACAAACGCUUCAAGUAUAAUCCUUACAUCUGUCAGAAGUGUUCCUAUGUAGACAUGAAUACCGUUAACAUUGGAGCGAUUGUCAAUACUGUCCUUUACAUUGUGGACCUGGUUUUAUCCAUCAAAUCUCGCUAG